AUGCUUGCAAAGGGGGAUUUGUUCACUGGAUUUUUGUCCAUACCAGAUUUCCAUGAAGCUUGGGGGUUCUUGGCAGAAACACUAUUACAUCCUCAGGACAAAACAGGCUUAUGGUCAUCAGCUAGCAAGGACAAAAAGUUUGGAGUGACCUUUGGAUGUAAGGUGUGCGAAGUCUAUAUAUUUCUUUCUAUCUUUUGUCAAUCCUUCAAGGCUUCAGGCGCCUGUACAGCCCAUAGAGACUAUACUAUACAGACUGCCAAAAAGAACACUUUUCCGAUUCAAUCUUAUUAUCAAUCAAGAGGUGCCCAAUUCAUCCCGGCAGCAAUCAAAUUGUUUAAAGCUAAAGUUGGCCGCUCUGGAGAAAGGAACGGAUCCGGCCGGCCCUCCUCCUCCUGGCCUUCUGCACCUGUUGGUCCAUCUCCUGGGCAGCCUGCCCCUGUACUGCCACUCCCAGCUCCUUCCAAUCCGGUUCCGGAGCUGCCGUUGCCAUCGCAGCCGGAUCCUGCUGCACCAGUUGAUCAGCUGCCCGCGGACCCAACUGUCCCUGUACCUCUUGGUGAGCCUGCAGCACCCACACUUCCCGGCGGCACCGGCCAGUGGCUUUCUGUUCCCUGGCCGAUACCUGCCAUGGGGGCUUGGGGACCAGCUUUGUACUGGUCCCCCUACACACAGUCAUGGGGUUUGGGUCUUCCUUUAGCUUUCCCUGGGGUUACGGCAGGCAUGCAGGGUGCUGCAGAAGGUUUGGAUGGGUAAUAGGCCUUUGGGCAGUGCUUUGCCCUCUACCAGCAGCAUUCCCACUGCUGAUCCGGCUUCUGCUACCAGAACGGGUUACUAUCCUAUGGGGAUUUUGCCCACGACACAACACGCCCCUUAUGGGGGUAUGGGGCUUCCUCUUGGGGAUCAUCUACUGCCGGCUACUAAGGAGAAGAUAUUGAAAGGUGAGUAUGUGGACAUCUUUAGUCUACUUUUUAGGGAACCCGAGGUAAAGCACAAGGAAGGGGAAUCUUGUAAAGAGCAUGAAGCCACAAAGCGCAAGCCAGUCGAAAAGACUUGGAAUAAUUGGCUUUCUGGCUUCACCAUUUAUAUGGGAGUGAUAGUGCAGGCACAGCCUGCGCGUGGGCCAUCACUCUUGAAAUACAUGGACAUUAUCCACCGUGCGGUUUCUGAUUUUGCGGGAUCCUCUUGGAUACGCUAUGAUGAAAGUUUCCACAUGAGGGCGGCUUUGGAUCCCAACCUUCCUUGGGACACACCUCUUCAGGAGUUGUGGCUCGUCAUCAUGUCCCCGGCUCGCCCAGUAGAGGGGGACCGAUCAGAUAGCGGGCACUUGUUUUCCAAGCCAUCGGGUGCCUUGCCUCAGUCGGGUGCGGGCCAGCAGUGGGUUCAACCCAACCUGGUCUGCUGGGAGUACAAUUCUAGUGGAAAAUGCUCCCACUCCCCCUGUCGGUUCAAACAUGCUUGUAGCAUCUGUGGGGCUAAGCAUCCAAGUGCCUCUUGCCCCAGGGCGAGGUCUGGGGGCCCAGGAUUUAGGUUCCGGUCCGGUACUAGCUGGAAGAAUGGUCCCCCCCCGCCACUUGCGGGAAAGGGGGCCCAGACCCAUCAAACUUGAAGUUUUAGAGCAGCUUUUGUUGGAUUACCCAGAUAGGGCUGCAGCUAAGUACAUCUUUGAAGGUUUUAGGGACGGGUUUCGGAUCCCUUCUUCCGCUUGCCGCGGGUUUAGUAGUUCCCGCAAUCUGAGGUCCGUGAUAGGUAAGGAGGAUAUAGUUCUGAGAAAAAUUAACAAGGAAGUGGCUGCUGGUAGAGUGAUGGUCCCCUUUGAUAGCCCCCCUUUUCCCAAAUUGUGGGUUUCGCCUUUAGGUGUCGUUCCCAAGAAGGUCUCGGGUGAGUUUAGGCUAAUUCACCACCUUUCUCACCCCAGGGGUUCAUCAGUCAAUGAUGGCACCCCUGAUAGUCUUUGUUCAGUUCGCUAUACUUCUUUUGACGAGGCAGUCAGAGUAGUUAGGGGGAGGGGCCCAGGCACACUGUUAGAGAAGUGUGAUAUAGAGUCCGCCUUUCGCCUGCUACCUGUCCACCCUGACGAUUUUGAGUUGCUGGGCUAGGCCUUUGCCGUUCAGUUUUACUUUGACCAGGCCCUAGCUAUGGGUUGUUCAAUUUCGUGUGCGGCCUUUGAGGCAUUCAGCUCUUUUUUGGAGUGGGCGGUCAGGCGGCGGGCGGGCCUUGUGUCCACGUCUCAUUACUUAGAUGAUUUUCUUUUUGUUGGCAGGCCUAGAUUCGGGGAAUGUCACCAUUUGCUGCACUCCUUUGUGGAGCUCGCGGCAGAGUUGGGGGUACCGCUAGCGGGUGACAAGACCGAGGGCCCGGUCACACAGCUUUCAUUCUUAGGCAUAGAACUGGAUACGGCUGUGGGUUGCUCCAGGCUUCCCCAGGUGAAGCUUUUGGUGCUGUUGGACUUUGUUAGAUCCUUGGGGCGUGCCUGUAAGGCCACCCUUAGGGAGCUGCAGGUAGUGGCUGGACAUCUUAAUUUUGCCUGUAGGGUAGUUGCUCCUGGCCGGGCUUUUCUGUGUAGGCUGUGUGACCUCACGGUUGGGCUUCGUGCCCCCCAUCAUAGGGUCUGGAUUACACACGGUGUCAGGGCCGACUUGGCCCUUUGGGAAUCCUUUCUAUUAGGCUUUAACGGGAUAACCUUUUGGAGGGCUGAGGUGCUGCUCGAAGCAGAUUUACAGGUUCAUUCAGAUGCGGCCGGAGGUGUGGGGUUCGGAGUAUACUUUAGAGGCCGAUGGUGUGCUGCGCGCUGGCAUUCAGAUUGGGUAAGCCAAGGGAUUGUUCGCGAUCUGACCUUUCUGGAGCUUUUCCCCAUUGUGGUAGCAGUCCACAUUUGGGCUGAUGAAUUCGCUGAUUCAUCAGUAAGGUUUUGGUGUGACAACCAGGCCGUGGUCCAGGUGGUCAAUUCACAAACUUCCCGCUCCCCCAGGGUUAUGGGGCUAGUGAGAGCCUCAGUUUUGCAGUGUUUAAGGGCUAAUAUCCUCUUUAGGUCCCGCCACGUCCCUGGGAUUCAAAACGACAUAGCUGACGCUCUGUCUCAUUUCCAGGUGGACAGAUUCAGGGAGUUGGUGCCCGAGGCUGCACCACUUCCGGAUCCCGUGCCGGUCUUUCUGUGGCAGCUUGGCAGGUCGAGGCACAGCAGGCCAUAGCGGCGUCCCUGGGGCCCAGCACCAGGGCGAGUUACACAGCCAAGCUUGCAGCCUUUGCCCUUUUUCGGAAGGAAGAGGGCUUACCCGAGGCUUGGCCGGUUCCGGUAGAGCAGUUGCAACAGUUUUUGGUUACCUUACGCAGGGCGGACAGUGCUGUGUCCACCUUGGGUGGCUAUUUGGCGGCACUGGCCUUCCAGGCACAGGUAAAAGGGGUUAGUGAUUUCUCUGCCGACCCUCGCGUGCGGCGCAUACUGGAGGGCUGGGCCAGGGGGGGUCCCGGAAUGGGUGACUCUAGGCCCCCUUUACAUUGGACAUGGUGGCUGCCACGGUGGGUAAGCUGGCAAGCUGCUGUGCGGACGCCUGGGAAGCAUCUCUGUUUCAUGCAGCGGUGCUGGUGGCUUUCUUUGGUGCCUUUCGGCCCGGGGAAUUGUUGCCACGUAGUAAGGGUUCCCCUAGGGAUUGCUGUUUGCAAUUUUCGGACCUUUCUUUCUCCGGCAAUGAGGCUCGGUUGUUCCUCCGCCGCUCCAAAACAGAUCAGGGGGGCGAGGGUCAAAUAGUCCGCUUGGCGGUGGCUGUUGAUUCCCACCUUUGCCCGGUUGCUGCCUUGCGGCACUACACGGAUCUGGGUCCUGCCUCAGAGGGAUGCUUGUUCGUUCAUAGGGAUCGAACGCCUUUAACUCAAUACCAAUUCCUGGCGGUGAUCAAAAGAGCCAUGGUGGCAGCUGGGGUCGCCCUCGCGGGCUUUACUCUGCAUUCUUUCCGUAUUGGGGCGGCUACUACUGCCACACGGAUGGGCCUUCAGGAGGCUGAAGUGCGUCGGAUUGGUAGAUGGAGGUCUGUGGCGGUCAGACGCUAUGUGCGCUGACAGCGGAUUUCAGUGGCUUAUUGAUUUCUGUUCUCUCGACAGAUGCUGGUGGAGCGGCAGCUCCGGUUCGGAUCCUGAUGUGCGGCCACUCACUGGUCUUCUGGGCCUUCAAGUGAGCCAGCACCUCUCACUGGGGAUCGCAGUUGGGUUUCGGGAGAAGGACAUCAGUGUAUUGGUUGGGCAUGCGGGGCAUGCUAUGGAACCAAUUGCUGCCUGCCAUCAAGCAGCAUUUAGUUAGCUUCCCCAUUCCCAGUAUAUUGGUCCUACAUCUGGGGGAGAAUGACUUAGGCCGGCGGACUGGCCUGUCCAUUGUUCAGCAAGCCUCUGCUGAUAUAGCCCUACUUCAAAUUUGGAUGCCUGGGGUGCGGGUGCUAUGGGUUAACUGGAUUCAGCGUAGGGUUUGGCGGAAUGCCCGUUGUGGGCUGAGCCUGGAGAGAGCCCGUAGGAAGACUUCGGCUGCAAUCAGUAAACUGAUAUUGGCAGCUGGGGGGGCUGUAGUGUGGCAGCCUGAUAUAGUCGCCCGCUGUCCGGAGUUAUAUCGGGCUGAUGGCGUUCAUUUAUCUGUACAAGGCUGUGAUCGUUAUCUAGGUAACAUUCGGCGGGGGCUUGCUGAUCUUCUGGAUGGGUGUGGGGCAGGGGGGUCAAGUGAGUGCUAACCCCCCUGGGUGGCAAUAACAGUGCGGGCUGAAGGGUAAGGGAGGUUAGAGUAUCGGUGAGCACCCUUGGAUAUUUAAAGGUGGAUUGGUCAAUCGCUCCUUUGUUGCCUGCGUGGCACGGGGAGUAAUUUCAUUGCCAUGAAACCUGUUUCAGGAAUUCACCAACCUUUGGGCUGUGUGGUCCGGGGAGGGUGAAGACCUGGAGAUGUCCAGAUCACCUCCGAUAAAGGGGUGGUCGGUGUUGAAGGAAUGGGGCGGGAUGUGCCCGCCUCUUUCCUGAGCCAGGGUGUGUCGCCCAAUGAGGCAAUGGGUAGGAUGGGGAAAUCCUAACCCAUGCCUAGGGGCCCGCACUGUUUUCUGUUUACUGUUUGAUGAAGGUGAUUAUCACCUCAUGUUCAGUCCGCCAUGCCUAUUGUUCUUUAAUAAAGCGUGGCCCUUUUCACCCAACAAAUGUCUCCGUGUCUUCUUGGGCUGGGGUCUGGGGACAAUCCCCCUCCCCUUGGCCUCGUGCUGAGGGGAGGGUGCUUGUCCCAGCCCAGCUCAGCACGAGGCCAAGAAGCGGCCUGAUUGGCUGGCUGAGUUCUGGGGGCGUGGUUUCGGCCGCAAUCGGCCGUUCCAUGCCCCAACUGCUUCAGUUUGCUUUCGGAUCUCCCCUCCCUCCCUUCCCUGAUGCAGAGCGGGUCUAGUGACUGGUCGCCUCGGGGCCGAAUAGGAAUUUUUUGCUCUCAACAGAUUGGCCAUGGUUGAGGGUUUUUUCGCCUAUUCCGUUCUGUACUCGGGGCUUAGAAAGGUUUUAGGUGGCCACGUUGGCAAUAACAGUGCGGGCUGAAGGGUAAGGGAGGUUAGAGUAUCGGUGAGCACCCUUGGAUAUUUAAAGGUGGAUUGGUCAAUCGCUCCUUCGUUGCCUGCGCGGCACGGGGAGUAAUUUCAUUGCCAUGAAACCUGUUUCAGGAAUUCACCAACCUUUGGGUUGUGCGGUCCAGAGCGGGUGAAGACCUAGAGAUGUCCAGAUCACCUCCGAUAAAGGGGUGGUCAGUGUUGAAGGAAUGGGGCGGGAUGUGCCCGCCUCUUUCCUGAGCCAGGGUGUGUCGCCCAAUGAGGCAAUGGGUAGGAUGGGGAAAUCCUAACCCAUGCCUAGGGGCCCGCACUGUUUUCUGUUUACUGUUUGAUGAAGGUGAUUAUCACCUCAUGUUCAGUCCUCAAUGCCUAUUUUUCUUUAAUAAAGCGUGGCCCUUUUC